UCCAAAAUGGAUCUUCUGAAGCGCCUGCUGUGAGGAGGAGAUAAGGCAGCCUAUUUUAACUCCCGCGAGCCGCCCGCGAGCCGGCGUGGAAUUGUGCUCCUUUCGCGCGCCGAAAAAGCGACUGUUUUGACGGGUUCGUGCGCGCUUGCCCAGCCGCGCACGAUGCCACCUUGGGACUCGGAGGCCAACGCGAAACCCUUGCGGACUUUUUAUUGCUUCGUGAUCUAGAGUAGUUUGCUGACUGGCCGUCGAGAAGCCCGAGGCGCGAGGCGAUUGCCAGUAAUCGGGAGCGUUGACCUCGGGAUGGUCGAAUCGCGUCGGAAAGUCGCCGCGCGCCUCGCCACGUUCUUUUCGAGUUGUUUAAACGUUCGAGAGGAGGAGCGGGGGUAGGAGCGGAGGGGGCGGCUGCUUGAACCAAGGACGGAGAGAGAGUAACGCGAGUGUUUCCGGCGCGUUUGGGUAGAGAGACGCGAGACCGAGCCCCGGACGGCAAGGGGGGGGGGCUGCGAAGGGACGGCGACGGCUAUACUGGAACGUGAGUACUGACGUAACGCCGGGGGUCGGAGAAUGAACUACUCGAGUAUCUGGAACGGCGUGUUUCGCGUGAUUUGGCGCGCCCGGCGCCUCGUUGCGUAGGACAGACGUCGGCGCUGCGUGCACGCCACGCGCAGCGCGAUUACGGCCAAUAAAACUCGCUUUGCUCUCGCUGCCGCCGACUGUCACGGUGCACUGAUGUGUGCCAGAUGUUCAGACGCACACACACACACACACACACCUGCCCGUGUGCACUUAGCGUCUGCGCGCCGCAAGCCCUGAGUGCCGGCAGUCAUCCCUGAAACGACGUAGUUAUAUUAGUAUCAGUGUUAGGAGUGGUGACAGUAGCAGCAUCGGCCCCUGCCGUCACUCCAGCCAAAUAUGGCCACCUUCCAGCAUCACCGGCAGCUUCUCGCGCACGGCACGGAGGCGAGCUGCGACUCGAGCGGGGACGGUGCCGUAACUGUGCGGAUUACGAACAGUGCGUCGCACCCCCGGCAACAGGAGCCGGCGAGGAAUACCAGCAGUGGUGGAGGGGUUGGCUACAAUCUACACAAGUACAGCAUUUCCUCCAGCUGCACUUCGGGCGAGUCUGGGACAAGGCGGACUUGGGGCCUGUGCCUGUGGGGCCACAAGAAGCUGCCGCCCCUGUUCGAACGCUCCGCAGCUCAGUGCUGGGACCCCAAGUUCGACUCCUCUAUCUUGGAGGAUGCCUGUCGAGAGAGGUGCUUCCCCCAGACCCAGCGGCGGUUCCGCUACAUGCUGUUAUACAUGGCAGUGGCAGCAGUCGUCUGGGGGGUGUAUUUUGGGGUCAACAGUGACCGUUGCAACCCUGUGACCUUUCUUGCCCCCACCGCCUCCUUUCUGCUACUUCUAGCACUCCUCUUUCUCUUUACUUUUACCCGCCCCUACACCCGCUUGUACAAUCAAGCCUCCCUUCUCCUAAUUGUGGUCACCUUUGCUGUAACCAUAGCUCCACAGAUACAGACUGCAGGUUACGCUGACCUUGAAUGGCCGGCUGGUAGGAAUACAAGUAAGGGCUUCCCAGACACAGAGGCCUCUCGCCAGGCACCCUGCAUCUCCCCGGUGGGCACCUUUUCCCUGUGUAUGGAGGUUCUGUUGUUGCUAUACAGUGUCCUCCAUCUCCGUCUGUACGCCUCCGUGCUGCUGGGGCUGUUGUACUCUGUAUUAUUCGAGGCAUUGGGGUGGCUUCCGCUGCUUGAGAGGAGGUAUGGCGCAACCGUGAGCGGGACAGGUUUGGUUGGAGUUGACACCCAUGGCGGAGGUUCUGGUUCUGACUGGGAAGGAGACAUGCUCCGCUGGCUGGCCCCGGCCAAGGCCCUACUCCACCUGUGCGCCCAUGUCAUUGGCAUCCACCUGUUCAUCAUGUUGGAGGUGCGCUCCCGCAGCACCUUCCUGAAAGUGGGCCAGGCCAUCAUGCACGGCAAGGACCUGGAGGUGGAGAAGGCCCUGAAAGAGCGGAUGAUUCAUUCUGUCAUGCCCCGGCGGGUCGCAGACGAGCUGAUGAAGCAGAGUGAUGAUGAUGGCGGAGGUGGGGAGAGCUCUGGUAAACGUUACUCCUCCGGGGCCUGCUCUGCUUCUGCUGUUUCAAUGGGCGGAGGAGGAGGAAGUAGCGGAGCUUCAUCAUCAGUCUCCACCAGCCCCAAGAGUCAUUCUCACCACCAUCACAAACCCAAGAAAACCUCCAUCCCCCGCGGUCAGAUCAUCUUCCGGCCAUUCAACAUGAAACGCAUGGAGCCCGUCAGCAUCCUCUUUGCGGACAUUGUGGGCUUUACCAAAAUGUCCGCUAACAAAUCGGCGCACGCUUUGGUGGGCCUCCUCAAUGAUCUUUUUGGACGUUUUGACCGGCUCUGCGAACUAACGUGCUGUGAGAAGAUUAGCACACUGGGGGAUUGCUAUUACUGUGUGGCUGGGUGUCCAGAGCCCAGGCCGGACCACGCCUACUGCUGUGUGGAGAUGGGCCUGGGCAUGAUCCAGGCCAUCGAGCAGUUCUGCCAGGAGACGUGUGAGACGGUGGACAUGCGUGUCGGUGUCCAUACCGGCACGGUCCUGUGUGGGAUCCUGGGAAUGAAGCGCUUCAAGUUUGACGUGUGGUCCAACGACGUCAACCUGGCUAACAUCAUGGAGCAGCUGGGGGUAUCGGGCAAGGUUCACCUGUCGGAAGCCACCGCUCGUUUCCUGGACGACCGCUACCAGAAGGAAGACGGAAGGGUGGCUGAGAGGGCCGGACCGAAUGUCAUGGAGAAACUAAAGGGUAAGAGACCACUUCACUUGUUUCUUUCUCAGGAUUUAGUCCCCUGUGCAUUAAUUAGAGGUGCAGGUGAACAAGGUGGAUAUUGUGUUGUGUGAGAACUCUGCAAGCU